AUGAGUCGCGUAUCAACGCAGAACGAUCUGGAGCGUCAUACCACGGCUCUCAGUCGAAUUGCUACCCAGAGAAGCCAGCACGUUAACACCGUCGGAGGCUCGAUCCGCUCAGAGAGCAGAGCAUCACGAAAGCCUCUGCCAGCCUUUGGCGGCGGCAAGCCAUAUCCCCCGCUACUACCCGCCCAGGAGGAAUACGUUGUCGAAUUCGAUGGGCCUGACGAUCCUCUGCAUGCCCAGAAUUGGCCAACAAGAAAGAAGCUCCUGACGUCUGCCAUGUUGGCCUAUACCACAUUCGUUGCCUCCUUCACAUCUUCCAUCUUCUCUUCUGCGACAUCCACCGUGGCCAGAAAGUUCGAUGUUGGCCUCGAGGUUGGCGUUUUGGGCACCUCGUUUUACGUCCUGGGUUUCGCAUUUGGUCCUUCGCUGUGGGCGCCCCUGUCUGAGCUGAGGGGCCGUCGUUUGCCCAUCGUCCUCUCCACCUUUGGCUUCUCUCUCUUCACCAUCGCGACGGCCACUGCCAAGGAUAUUCAGACGAUUCUCAUCUGUCGCUUCUUCGCUGGUUUCUUCGGUUCCUGCCCGCUUGCUGUCGUUGCCGCCGUCUUCUCCGACAUGUUUGACAAUAGAACUAGAGGAACAGCGAUUGCUAUUUUUUCCAUGACCGUUUUCACCGGUCCCAUGUUGGCACCCUUUAUCGGCGGCUUCAUUGUAACAUCCUAUCUGGGAUGGCGCUGGACCGAGUAUAUCUGUGCCAUUAUGGGAUUUGUCGCUUUUAUUCUUGACUUGUUCUUUCUCGAGGAGUCUUAUCCACCAGUCAUCCUCGUUGGUAAGGCUUCGGAGCUGCGACGACGUACUAAGAACUGGGGCAUCCACGCCAAGCAGGAGGAAAUCGAGAUUGACUUUGGCGAACUCGUCAGCAAGAAUUUCCUUCGUCCGAUACGGCUUCUGUUCACUGAACCCAUCAUCUUCCUCCUUUCACUGUAUAUGAGUUUUAUUUAUGGGCUGCUCUAUCUAUUCUUCACUGCGUACCCUCUUGUUUUCCAAGGCGUCCAUGGUUUCUCCCCGGGUCUGUCUGGCUUGACCUUUUUCGGAUUGGUUAUUGGUGAGCUUCUUGCCACUUUGACCAUCAUUCUUCAGGUGCCGUGGUAUAAUCGCAAACUUGCUGCUAACCAUGGCAUCCCAAUUCCCGAGUGGCGAUUGCCAAACAUGAUGGCUGGUGGUAUUGCCUUUGCUGGCGGCAUCUUCUGGUUUGGAUGGACUGGGUUCUCAGUGGAUAUCCAUUGGGCAAUCCCAGCUGUCAGUGGAAUUCUCACUGGCUUCGGCCUCAUGUCGAUUUUCCUUCAGGCUCUCAACUAUAUUGUCGAUGCCUACCUCAUGUUUGCUGCUUCAGCCCUUGCUGGAAACACUUUAAUGAGAUCCCUCUUUGGAGCUGCUUUCCCUCUUUUCGGCCGUCAAAUGUUUGUUGGUAUGCACAUUCAGUGGGCUAGCACUCUGCUCGGCUGUGUAGCCGUUGUCCUGUCUCCAAUUCCAUUUGUGUUCUACUUCUACGGCGCCAAGAUUAGAGCAAAGAGCAAGAUCGCCCCCAUCUUUUCCGCCCCGGCUGAUGAACCCGAAUCUUCUGAUACCAACGUGGACGAGAACGAAGAGGUGCAGAGAGAGAAGGAAGAUGAGCACAACGCAGCAGCAUUGGCUAAUGCGCCAAAGAAGGAGAGCGAGGCUAGUAGUCCCGCUGAGACCGUAUGA